AUGUCUUCACCAAAAUUCCAGAUCCCGCCAGAGUUCGAAUCAAAACUCCGCCAUGUCGAACCUCUCGACUCGCGCUCCGAUCAGGAGAUUCUUAAGUCUUUAAAAAGUCCUCUACCAGUCACUUCAGAAAAGAACAUCUGGGCCUUUUGGGAUUCUGGCCUCGACAACCUUCCAAGCUGGGGCCAGCGCAACAUCAUCAACUGGGCUCGACUCUGCGGUCCGGAAUGGGCGAUUCGCGUUUUGGAUGACGUCCCAGACUCUCCAAACAAUGCCUUAAACUGGGUCAAGGAAGACCAACUACCCGAGGCCUAUAUUGCACACAAGAUGGAUGGGCCCCGUGUGCGGACUGGUCCCCACAGUGCAGACUUCCUCCGCGGUAAGUCAACAUACCCACUUCCUGGCACCCCCCUGUUUCUGGCACCACAAAAACGAUGGGAUCACAACCCAACCUCCUCAUUACUAUUAACUAUUGAUCCUCAACCACACCCACUACAAUACAGCUGCCAGCCUCACUAG